UGUUCUUUACACUUUGUUGCAAUAGUAUGUACAUAAUGUUUAUGGGGAAUAACGACAGACUAUAUUUAGUCUUAAUGUUUUAAACAUUAGAUCUUAUCAGCUACAGUGAUAAGAGUUACACCUCAGAUCCAUAUGCCUUUUCAUUUUUAUAUGAAAGUGCUAUAUUUGUAAGUGGUGGACUGUGAAAAGGAUGAGCAAUCAUGCUGUAUACCAAGGCCACAGGUAAAGCAAAAACCUGCAUGGAUGUUAAACAAAUUAAGUGUAAAUUCAGUUGUAGAUAUAAUGUUACUCAAAGGAAUGUUGACAAGCCACACAGGUGCCGUUUCCAGUUGGUCAACUGCUACCCACUGUUGUCUGUCGUUAAGGAUGUUAGACAUCACCCUGUGUACCGUUUCGGUGUUUUUUUCUCUUCAUCUACAGUGGCCGUAUAUUUCACAGCAGAAAGCAAUCCUGAUAGAAGCUGUUCAACCUUAGUUUUCAUUUUUACUUGCCAGUAGUUAAAUCCAUCUGAGUUCUCUUAUCAAAUCCUUACUUCUCAAUAAAUUUGUAUUUGAUGAUAACGGAGAAAACUAGGUCUCCUUUUUAAAUAUCUCUAAGCACAGUCAUAGUUAUCAAUGUAAAAUUUCUCAGAAAUACGACAUAAUUAAUAUGCGUGAACAAAAGGAUUAGGAUGAUUAGGAUUAGAACUGCGUACUUGAAUUACAACCUGGCAAAACGAGUUGUAAGUGCAGAGCAUUUGCAGUGGUAUAUAAACAGUAUUUGGGUGCGGGUCGCAUCACGUGAAGUGAUGUAGAGACGAGAAAAAAAAAUAGGAAUGACCUCAACUAAUCAAUUGAGCACUACUGUCAUAUCAAAACAAGCCCACGCCAGGCAGGCAUGGUGUCACGUCCGCUGUUUAUGCCCUUAUGUAUCAGGGUACAUAACCAAGAUGGUCAAAAAACUAUAUAAUGUACUUACAAGAAGGGUGGAGGAGGGAAGGGACAGAGCGAUUCUGAGCAAAUGAUAUAAGAGGGGUUUGUUUUGGCGUCUGAAGGAAAGACACUGUCUGUAGCAGCAGUUUCAGAGACAUCGGCAGCAUGGUGAACCCGAAGCGGGUCCGCGAAUCGCUUUUUGCGCGGUACUGCUGUGGUGACACUGGGUUUUCUGUUCUGAAUUGGACCGGAUAAUUCGCUGUCCGAGAUGGGGAAGGAGGCGAGCGGGGGGUCGCGCAGCCGAUUCGAGAUGUUCUCGAACAUCGACGAGGCGGCCAUUAACAGGAAACUGCCCAAGGAGCUGCUCUUACGAAUCUUCUCCUUCUUGGACGUGGUGUCGCUGUGCCGUUGUGCCCAGGUCUCGCGGGCCUGGAACAUGCUUGCCCUGGAUGGUAGCACCUGGCAGCAGAUCGACCUAUUUGACUUUCAGAGAGACAUUGAGGGCCGAGUGGUGGAGAACAUCUCUAAGCGCUGUGGGGGCUUCCUGAGGAAGCUGAGCCUCAGGGGCUGCCUGGGCGUCGGCGACGGUGCGCUGAGGAUCUUCGCCCAGAACUGCAGGAGUAUCGAGGUGCUCAGCCUCAACGGCUGUACAAAGAUCACCGACACGACCUGCACCAGCCUCAGCAAGUUCUGCCCCAAGCUGAAGCACCUGGACCUGUCCUCCUGCACUUCCAUCACUAAUCUGUCCCUCAAAGCACUCAGUGAGGGCUGCCCCCUGCUGGAGCACCUGAGCAUUUCCUGGUGUGACCAGAUGUCCACAGACGGAGUACACGCGCUGGUGCGUUGCUGCCCGGGACUCCGCGGACUGUUCCUCAAGGGCUGCACACAGGUGGGGGACGAGGCCCUGAAGCACAUUGGGACCCGCUGUGCAAACCUGCUGACCCUAAACCUGCAGACGUGUUCGCAGGUCACGGACGAGGGACUGGUCGCCGUCUGCCAGGGCUGCCCCCGGCUGCAGACUCUCUGCGUAUCCGGUUGCACCAGCCUUACGGAUGUCAUCCUCAACGCCUUGGGCCUGAACUGCCCCUGUCUGAGGAUACUGGAGGUGGCCCGCUGCUUCCACCUCACAGACGUGGGCUUCACCACCCUGGCCCGAAACUGUCACGAGCUGGAGAAGAUGGACCUGGAAGAGUGCGUGCAGAUCACAGACGCCACGCUAAUCCAGCUGUCUAUCCACUGCCCCCGGUUGCAGGUCCUGAGCCUGUCCCACUGCGAGCUGAUCACGGACGACGGCAUCAGACACCUGGGCUGCGCGCCAUGCGCCCACGAUCGGCUGGAGGUGGUGGAGUUGGACAACUGCCCUCUGAUCACCGACGCCUCCCUGGAGCACCUGAAAGUCUGCCACAGCCUGGACCGCAUCGAGCUCUACGACUGCCAGCAGAUCAGCCGCGCUGGCAUCAAGAGGCUCCGGACCCAUUUGCCAAACAUCAAAGUGCAUGCCUACUUCGCUCCCAUCACUCCUCCCCCGUCUGUCGGGGGGGGCCGUCAGAGGUUCUGCCGCUGCUGUGUUCUGCUGUGAAGGACCCCUCCCACCGCCGGAGACCCGGAGGACUGACGGCGUGUAUGCACACGCGCUGGGCCACGCCCUACCACCGUGAAUGCUCUGAUGUUGCUCAUCGGCUGCUCGAGAACAGCAACUGGGUUCAUUCCUUUGUUUACUUUUCAGUCCGACUCCAAAAUUUCUUAUAAUUCUUUAGGCGAAAUGAACUUGGGGGGUCAUCAGGGUCACCUACAGGAAGUACGUACCUCGACUUUCAAAAUUCUGCUGACCACCUUUACUGUGUGGAAUCUUCCGGCGAAUCUGAUGAGGGACAAUGUGCUUUCACCUCCCAUGCUGGCUUCCUGACAAGAAAUAAGAAAAAUAUAUAGAAAUACAAACACGGACUAGAGCGUUGUAGUUAUUUUUGUUCUAAAGGUUAAACGUAUGGAUGUAAGUAUUGUAGGCCAAGCUGUAACUGGAAAUGACUUCACUCUGGGAUCUACAUAGAGAGAAGAGCUGGAGAUGUAACUGCAGAAAUGUGCAGGUGCCGGAUGGUCAUGGAGGUGGAGUGUUCAACAUCAGACAUUGCUGCUAGAGAUACAUUGGGGGGGGGGGGGGGGUAUUUUUGCACAAUUAUCACAUAAUGAGGUGUAUUGGAACCCAUUGGUUAUUUGAGGGAGGGUGGGAAAACCUGUUAAAGCAAAUCGGCGUUUUAGAAUUUGCUGUGACAUGGAGGAUUACGAAAUGACACGUAGCUCAUGAUGGACCUCAGGGGAGAGCGACUGCCCAACCUGGGCGCAUGUCCCACUAAAUCCAGGUGGAAGAUAACCAAUCAGAUAUCUUGGUCCCGCCUUCCUCUAGUUCCUUGGACCCACCUCCUCUUCUAUCUGAUUGGUUAUCUGCCUGAACCAAUCAUUUUCCCUUCUGCUCUCAGAACAAUUUUAUGCAAGAAAACCUCCCAUGAGCUGGAUCUCAACAGAGGAAUAUAAGGCGGAUCCGUAACUCUGCCGUGUCCCCAGCCUCGUCGGUUCACCCCCCACCCACCCACCACUCAAUGAGGGCUUUUUGUUGCCCCCUCAUUGACUUAUUUUCCAGAUGUCCUCCUGAAGCAGUAAUCAGCGAGCUGACUGUCACUCCCCUUCAGUGCCGAAUGUCUAAAUUUUUCUUUGUUUCUCUCAGCCAGCACUAUAUUACUUGAGAUACCAUGUUAACUCUACUGAGGGUGGAUGCAAUUAGAAGGAAAUUAAUUUAGCUGGGGCUCAUGUUUUAUCUUCGAGCACCAGACUUUUCCCGUUUAGGAAAUUAUUCUCAAACAUCACAGGGAACGUGGCCAUGUAGGGACUUGACCUCAAUUUCUCCAGCAUAAUCAAAUAAAUAGGAUAAAGUGACUAAUUUUCAUUGGAAAAAAUAUCAGUUCCUAAGCCAAUAAUCAGAAUAUUAUCGGUCUAUAAUCAACAACUUUCCCUUACAUUGUGACCAGAUCUUCUUGGACUGGCCCAAGCUCUGAAAUGCCAUAAUUAUGCACUUGUUGAGAAGCUGGGCAUGUUGUCGUACAUUCAUUCCCCCCAACACAGAAAGCACAAAGUGCUGACUCCUACUGGUGGGAGGUGGUACUGCCUGCACUCUGUGCAUCAGCUCUACUCAGGAAUUGUGAAUUUAAUGAAGAUGACUUAAAAUGGAUAAAAAUGGUUCAUAUUCCUUUAUCUGUACAUGAUUUCUUCUUUUUUAAAGAUUAUAUGUAAUACAUGAUGCAUAUAUUGUACAUGCAUUAUACAUAUUAAAACUUUUUCUCUGUGCAUCAUA